ACCAAGCACCGGCAGCACCCGAAGGAGCUAGUUGUGUAGCAAGCGGUUCUAUCUGGUUCAGCCAUGGACCGGAAGGUGGCCCGAGAAUUCCGUCACAAGGUGGAUUUUCUGAUUGAAAAUGAUGCAGAAAAGGACUAUCUCUACGAUGUGUUGCGGAUGUACCACCAAACCAUGGACGUGGUCGUGCUUGUGGGAGACCUGAAGCUGGUCAUCAACGAGCCCAGCCGCCUGCCCCUGUUUGACGCCAUCAGGCCUCUGAUCCCACUGAAGCACCAGGUGGAGUACGACCAACUAACCCCCCGGCGCUCCAGGAAGCUGAAGGAGGUGCGUCUGGACCGGCUGCACCCCGAAGGCCUUGGCCUUAGCGUGCGUGGUGGCCUCGAGUUUGGCUGUGGGCUCUUCAUCUCCCACCUCAUCAAAGGUGGCCAGGCAGACAGCGUCGGGCUCCAGGUAGGGGACGAGAUCGUCCGGAUCAAUGGGUAUUCCAUCGCCUCCUGCACCCAUGAGGAGGUCAUCAACCUCAUCCGCACCAAGAAGACUGUGUCCAUCAAAGUGAGACACAUCGGCCUGAUCCCUGUGAAGAGCUCUCCCGAUGAGCCCCUCAAAUGGCAGUAUGUGGAUCAGUUUGUGUCGGAAUCUGGGGGUGGGCAGACCAGCCUGGGCUCCACCAGCAGUCAGGAAAACAAGGAGAAGAAGGUCUUCAUCAGCCUGGUGGGCUCCCGGGGCCUUGGCUGCAGCAUUUCCAGCGGCCCCAUCCAGAAACCUGGCAUCUUCAUCAGCCACGUGAAGCCUGGCUCCCUGUCUGCUGAGGUGGGGCUGGAGCCAGGGGACCAGAUUGUCGAAGUCAAUGGCAUCGACUUCUCCAACCUGGACCACAAGGAGGCCGUGAACGUGCUGAAGAGUAGCCGCAGCCUAACCAUCUCCGUCGUAGCUGGAGCUGGCCGGGAGCUGUUCAUGACAGACCGGGAGCGGCUGGCAGAGUUCCGGCAGCGCGAGCUGCAGCGACAGGAGCUUCUGAUGCAGAAGCGGCUGGCGAUGGAAUCCAACAAGAUCCUCCGGGAGCAGCAGGAGAUGGAGCGGCAAAGGAAAAAGGAAAUUGCCCAGAAGGCAGCAGAGGAAAAUGAGAGAUACCGGAAGGAGAUGGAACAGAUCGUGGAGGAGGAAGAGAAUUUUAAGAAGCAGUGGGAAGAAGACUGGGGCUCAAAGGAACAGCUCCUGUCGUCUAAAACCAUCACCACCGAGUUGCACCCAGUACCCCUUCGCAAGCCAAAGUCCUUUGGAUGGUUUUAUCGCUACGAUGGCAAAUUCCCAACCAUCCGGAAGAAAGGAAAGGAUAAGAAGAAAGCCAAGUAUGAUAGCCUUCAGGAGUUGAGAAAGAAUAAGAAGGAACUGGAAUUUGAGCAAAAGCUUUACAAAGAGAAAGAGGAAAUGCUAGAGAAGGAAAAGCAACUGAAGAUCAACCGGCUGGCCCAGGAGGUAUCGGAGACAGAGCGGGAAGACCUUGAGGAAUCGGAAAAGAUUCAAUAUUGGGUGGAAAGGCUCUGUCAGACGCGCCUUGAGCAGAUUUCCUCUGCUGAUACUGAGAUUUCAGAGAUGACCACAGGGCUCCCGCCUUCCCUGCCUUCUGUGUCUCCCCUGGCCCCACCCCUGAGACGCUUCGCAGGUGGGCUGCACCUCCACACCACUGACCUGGAUGACAUCCCCUUGGACAUGUUCCACUAUCCCCCCAAGACUGCUUCUGCCUUGCCUGUGAUGCCCCACCCUCCACCCUGCAACCCACCCCCCAAGGUCCCCGCGCCCCCUGUCCUUCCCUCAUCAGGCCACGUGAGUGCCUCAUCCUCACCCUGGGUGCAACGCACUCCACCCCCCAUUCCCAUCCCUCCCCCACCAUCCAUUCCUACGCAAGACCUCACUCCUACCCGCCCACUGCCCUCGGCACUGGAAGAGGCACUAGGCAACCACCCCUUCCGUGCUGGGGAGACAGGCAAUCCAGCAGCAGAGGACUGGGAGGCAAAGAACCACAGUGGGAAGCCGGCCAGCUCUCCCGUCCCUGAACGGAGCUUCCCACCCACCCCAAAGGUACUACCUCUGUUCUGCAUGCUAUGCUGGGAAGCAGGAAGAGUGGGCCGGGCUGCUGUUUCCCAAGUCCUCCUCUGUUCCUGUGAGUGGAGACGGGAAGAAGCAUCCCCCCACCCCAUUUUCCAAGAACAAGCUUCCCAGCCUGUAUGUUGUGGAUGUCCUGCAUGUGUGUGGUUUCUGCUGAUUUUGAAGUGCUGUAUUGUAUGGUGAAUUGCCUGUGAUACUUGGGAUGAGCAACAUUGUAUCAGUGUUGAUUGCUCUCUCUUUGUUCCACUUGGCUAGUAUGGGCUGGUAACAUUCAAUGUAGUAUUUGCAAGGCUGUGUUAAUGAAGAGCCAGAGCUCUAUUUCUAUGACAGCCAGUUGUUUCUUGAUAUUAGCUCAGAAAGCCUUGAAUAUGGGAAAUUAAUUCUCUGUUUAACAGGGGAAAGGGGGGAUGGGAAGCAGAGGAGCAGUAUUAGGCUCUGUAAAUGAGGGGAUAACACUGUCCAGUAAUUAGGGCAUCACUGUGCCAUUUUCUAUGGCACUAGCCAACUGCGUUAGCUUGAAGCACAAUGCCCAUAAAUUUGUGGCCAGCUUCCAGCUACAGAAAAAAUGAAAAUGGAUAGUUCCUAGAAAGCUCCAAAUUUACUACUAAAAGAUUAGGGAUCUUUUUCUUGGAUGUCAGCAGGGAGAACAGUGAUCAUUCUCAAAAAGACGUGUUUCUCAUUAAUUGUUCUUAACCCAAAGGCUAAGAGGCGAUCCCCAAGGAAGAGAUGGAGCUUUGAUCCUUUGGAGGGAAAAACAAAAUAUUUCUCUGCUCCAGUAGCUGUGAGGCUAAGACUCCAGUCAGAACUACAGCAGCGCAUGUCAGCUAAGGGUGGGGAUUUGGGGGGAGGGUAGUCAGUGGUUCCCGAUCAGUUGUUUUUAUUAACCUUUCCUGCAUGGAUUUGAGUUCCUGCAUGAAGUACAGAAUAAGCAUCUCAGGGCAUUCAGGGGCGCUUGGGGGAAGGAAUGUGGGAAUGAAGAAAGUGCCAGGUGCUGACAAGGCUGCAGCUACCAGCAGGGCACUCUCAGAGGGACUCCCGGUGGGGUCCUGAGCCCCGAGCCCUGGCGGAGAGAAGUCUGUCUGUUCCAAGGAUGUCUGGCCCCAGAGCCCAGGCAGUGCAGUUUGCAGGGGCUGCGUUAGCCUGGCAAAGAGGCCCACAUCCUUCUUGUGAGUGGCCCCCACCAAGAGGGGCAGCAGCUUUCCCUCAACAAAUUCAACUCAGUAAUCAAUUGGGCACCUUCCGUGUGCUUCCGUGUGUGGGAGUGGGGAGCUGUGCUGAAGCGGACACAGAGGCAAUUGGCACACCUGUGCUCUCCAGGACUUUGCUCUCUGAAGGAUUAGUGGCUGACCAGGCAGGAUUCAGCUAUAAAAUUGGCACGGGCUAGGUGCUGUGGGAGGGAUUCAUUCUAAUGGGAAGUUGAAGGCGCCUCUGUAGAGCUGAGCCUUGAGGGAUGGUGAUACAUGGAGGAUGGGAGAAGGGCAUUGCAGGUGCAGGGGACAUAACGAUGACAGGAAGGAACUACCCAGGUUUGAAUCCUGGCUCAGUCACUGGCUAGAUGACUUUAGGCAUGCAUUAUUUCAUCUAUCCGAACCUAGGUAUCCUUGUCCGUAAAAUGGGAAUGCUGACGGCACCUACUUAUGACAUGGAUCAAAUGAGUUAAUACAUGAAUUCAUUCUAAGUUAAUACUUGGGAGAGUGGCAGGCACAUAGGAGGUGCUCAAUAGACAUUACCUACGCUCAGUGACAGAUCAGGGUACAAGACAAUUUGGGUGAAGCUGCAAACGUGAAGUCGGAGGUAAACUGCAACCUUUUGAGUCAGGGUCAAGAUUCAAAAACAGGGUCCAACUUUCUUGGAUUUCCCCAGGCAUCACAAAGUUCCCACUGUUAGUUCCUGAUCAGAGCAGAGAGAAGGUUAAAAGAGACUCUCCCCACACAAGGAGCCUCUGAAGAACUGGACCCUAAAUCUCUUAAGUGACAUCAAAGCCAGUGUUGUCCCUGAUGCGGGGGCUAGGGGUCAGCUGUUUUGGUUGGCUUCAUCCUGCUCGCGUCAGCACUUUGGCCCGUGCACCGCUGACCCUGCCCAACCUUCUCCUCCCUGCAUGCUACUGGCGAGUGGUCAUCAGUGCUGCAGUAGGAUGUGUGGACCAUCACACAUCUGCACAGUCAGCCCCGCUGCCAGCAGGUCUCAGGUGGUGGAAACAAACACCUGUGUCAGGUCGGCACCUGUGCCUGCCACACAGGCACCUGCCAGGGGAAGGUUUUGAGAGCCACGUGUACUCCCAGGCACUGCCCCAUACACCCACCAUAAUACUGAGUCAUUCGUUUACUCAGGUAUCAUGUUUAAUGAGCACCUACUAUAUGCCAGACACCGUGCUGGGCACUAGAGAACCACCACAAAAUAGGCAGCCCAGUCCCUGUCUGAGACUGUCUGGUGGAAGGACAGACAAGUAAGCAGGAAACUCCCACACUACCAGGGCAGAUGAGGGAAGCACAGGUGCUAUGUUGAGGGGAGCGGGUGGAGAGGAAAAGCUCAAGGAAUGGUCCCCAAAGGUGGUGAUACCCAAGCUAACACCUGGGCAGGUAAAAAACCCUCAAGGCAAGAAAACCGGGCAUUUUGGAGGCUUAAGUUAGGCAGUGUGAGAAGGGCGAGGAGUGAGGGAUGAGGCUGCCAAGGAAAGUAGGGAAGCCCAUGGGGGUCAAGCCAAGGAGUUUAGCGGUCAGUGGGGACCCAUGAAGGGUUUGGGGCAGGGCUGUGACCCGAUUUGUCUUGCCCAAGAUGAUCAAGUGGGUUAGAGCAAAGCAGACGUGUUGCAUCAGCUCUCCUGGAUGCCGCGCUUACUGGUCCUCCCUCCCAAACCCCCACCUCUGUGCCCACCCACCAGGGACAGCAGAUGCUGCAUGCGCAGUCUGGGAACUGCAACUGUCUCCUUUGGGAGAGAGGAAGCUGGAUGGCACCCGUGGCCACUGAGAGAGAGCCUUGAAAGUAUCCUCUGACUGACAGUGCCCGCUGGCGCCCCCAUAGCAGGCUCUGGCUCAAGUCCCUGAUUCCUCAGAACCACCCAAAAGUUUCUGUGGUCUCAGGACACACUGUGGCCAAUGGACUUCUUGUCCCCGUCCCUAGGACAUCCGGCAGGGUGAACGGACCAGGCUGGCUCAGUGCAUGGUGUGAAUUUGCCUGUGUGUCAAAGUGCUGUGGUUGGCCUGGGCCACCCGGGCCAUGACCUCACAGGGUCUCUCUUUAAACUAACCCCAUAGACAUUUUGCCCAAGCCCACAGCCUCCACGAGGCCCUGGCGU